AUGCCACCUAAUAGGGCGAAUGGCACGACUACCUUGAUGAAAUACGAAAGUAUUAAUGAUUCAAGGGGAACAACCCGCUCGAAGCCGGGAACCGAGCCACGACAAGUACCGGUGAAGCGAGAAAAAUGGGGUUGGA